UGCAGUCGGCUGCAUCUGCCUCUCCUGUCUCUCUUACCUCCUUGAUGUUCGGCACUAUUUGUAGCUGGUGUGGUGGAAGGACACAGCGAGGUUCUCACCCACCGCCCCCCGCCCCUCUUUCCCAUCCUCAUUUCCAUCAAAGCAAAACCAGGGAAGCGCAAGGAUCCCAGAGUUCCGAGUGUGCUUCGGCUAGGACUGUCACUCAUUCUCUGAUCAGCGCGUGAACGCAGCUCGGCAGCGGCUGGCAGGAAACAAUUCUGCAAAAAUAAUAAUACCAAGACUGGCAAUUGUCUGCCUGUAGGACUUCUGCUCUAUCGCCGUCCAGACUCAUUGCAAGGGGGGAACACAAAAAAUUACCUUUGCAAGAACAUCCUUCCCAGCCAGCAGAUUACAAUGCUGCAAACUAAGGAUCUCAUCUGGACUUUGUUUUUCCUGGGAACUGCAGUUUCUCUACAGGUGGAUAUUGUUCCCAGUCAAGGGGAAAUCAGUGUUGGAGAAUCCAAAUUCUUCUUAUGUCAAGUGGCUGGGGAAGCUAAGGAUAAAGACAUUUCCUGGUUCUCCCCUAAUGGAGAAAAGCUGACCCCAAACCAGCAGCGGAUCUCAGUGGUACGGAAUGAUGAUUUUUCCUCCACACUUACCAUCUACAACGCCAACAUUGAUGAUGCCGGCAUCUACAAGUGCAUUGUUUCAGGAGAGGACGGCAGUGAAUCAGAGGCUACCGUCAAUGUGAAGAUCUUUCAGAAACUCAUGUUCAAGAAUGCACCAACUCCUCAGGAGUUCAGAGAGGGAGAAGAUGCCGUGAUUGUGUGUGAUGUGGUCAGCUCACUGCCUCCUACCAUCAUCUGGAAGCAUAAGGGCCGAGAUGUUAUCCUGAAAAAAGACGUCAGAUUCAUAGUCCUGUCCAACAACUAUCUGCAGAUCAAGGGCAUCAAGAAAUCAGAUGAGGGGACAUAUCGCUGUGAGGGUCGGAUCUUGGCCCGUGGAGAGAUCAACUUCAAAGACAUUCAAGUCAUUGUAAAUGUACCACCCACUGUUCAGGCCAGGCAGAGCACAGUGAAUGCAACAGCAAACCUUGGCCAGUCGGUCAUCCUGAUGUGUGAGGCGAAAGGUUAUCCAGAACCAACGAUGAGUUGGACAAAAGAUGGAGAACAAAUUGAAAUAGAGGAAGAUGAUAAAUAUGGCUUCAACGAAGAUAGCUCCGAACUGACCAUCAGGAGAGUGGACAAGAGUGAUGAAGCCGAGUAUGUCUGUAUCGCUGAAAACAAAGCAGGAGAGCAAGAUGCUUCCAUCCAACUGAAAGUCUUCGCAAAACCCAAAAUUAACUAUGUGGAGAACAAAACCGCGAUGGAGUUGGAGGAGCAGAUAACUCUUACCUGUGAAGCCUCAGGAGACCCUAUCCCCUCCAUCACCUGGAGAACUUCCACAAGAAACAUCAGCAAUGAAGAAAAGGCUUCGUGGACUCGACCAGAGAAGCAAGAGACUCUGGAUGGGCACAUUGUGGUGAGCAGCCACGUGCGUGUGUCUUCCCUGACACUGAAGAGCAUUCAGUAUACGGAUGCCGGAGAGUACAUCUGCACCGCCAGCAACACCAUUGGCCAGGAUUCCCAAGCUAUGUACCUCGAAGUACAAUAUGCCCCCAAGCUUCAGGGCCCUGUGGCUGUGUACACCUGGGAAGGGAACCAGGUGAACAUCACCUGUGAGGUGUUUGCCUAUCCCAGCGCCACGAUCUCCUGGUUCCGAGAUGGGCAGCUGCUGCCGAGCUCCAACUACAGCAAUAUCAAGAUAUACAAUAGCCCCUCUGCGAGCUACCUAGAGGUGACACCAGAUUCUGAAAAUGACUUUGGAAACUACAAUUGCACUGCAGUGAAUCGUAUUGGUCAAGAGUCCUUAGAGUUCAUCCUUGUCCAAGCAGAUACUCCGUCUUCACCAUCCAUUGAUGAAGUGGAGCCAUAUUCCAGCACGGCACAGGUUCAGUUUGAUGAGCCUGAGGCCACAGGCGGAGUGCCCAUCCUCAAAUACAAAGCUGAGUGGAGAGCGGUGGGUGAGGAGAUGUGGCAUUUCAAGUGGUAUGAUGCCAAGGAAGCGAACCUGGAAGGUAUCAUCACCAUCAUGGGCCUGAAGCCAGAGACAACUUAUGCCGUCCGACUGUCUGCCCUCAAUGGAAAGGGACUGGGGGAGAUCAGUGGGAUCUCUGAGUUCAAAACACAGCCAGUCCACACCCCUCCUUCACAAGGAGAACCCAGUGCACCCAAGCUAGAAGGUCAGAUGGGAGAAGAUGGGAACUCUAUUAAAGUGAACUUGAUCAAACAGGAUGACGGAGGAUCCCCCAUUAGACACUAUCUGGUCAAGUAUAGAGCGAAGCUGUCUUCAGAGUGGAAACCUGAAAUCAGACUCCCCUCAGGCAGUGACCAUGUCAUGCUCAAAGCCCUGGAAUGGAAUGCCGAAUAUGAGGUCUUCGUGGUGGCUGAGAACCAGCAGGGAAAAUCCAAGGCAGCCCAUUUUGUAUUUAGGACCUCUGCCCAGCCCACAGCUAUCCCAGCAACCUUGGGCGGCUCCUCAGCCUCGUAUACCUUUGUCUCAUUGCUUCUCUCUGCAGUGACUCUUCUUUUGCUCUGUUAGAGACUUGGGGGUUUGGAGGGUCAGGUGGGGAAUCAAAUUUGCUUACAACCUCAAUUCUUACCAAGGCAUGAAAAUGGAUAAUACCCUCUUUGGAAGACCAUGUCAGUACAACACCCACGACAAACACAAACAAGUAUUCUGUUUGGAAGAUGAAGGUUUUGCAAUAAGGGAAAAGGUUUAUACCCAGGAAUUUUACCAUUAAGAGAUUAUGUGUUGCUUAUAAUGAAUCUGUCCCCUUCUUAAUAUAUGUAAAAAAAAUCUAUCAUUAACCCCUUUAAAAAGAAAUCAUAUGAAAGUACAAUAUUUAAAACAAUUUUGUGCUGGUCUAUAUAAAUUCUUGCAUAUCUGUUAUUGAUUACAUAUUUUCUCACACAAAUAAUGUUGCAAGAAGUUUUCCAAGGUCUUUUUAAAACUUGCAACAGAUUUUUUUUUGAACCACCAUAGCUUCCCUUCUUGUUUCCCAAGUGAUCCCUAAUUCCUUUCCACAAUAAGUAGUUGGUUUUCUUUUCUUUAAGUGUCAGUUACAAGAGAACAGACUUUGGGGGGGGGGUCACCUGAGCAUACUGCUAACUUGAUGAGGUAAAUUAAGUCAUCUGUCUGCCCAUAUAGCAAAGACUGAGUUGGAUGGACUAGACAUGGAAGAAAGUUGAUGAAACUCUCUGAGAAGCUGCCCCGGCUUGGGGUCUAGAAGCAAAACUAUAGACAGGGUUCCAGCUGUGAUUUUCUCACAGAAGUUUUGUAAAGUGCUUAUCCAAUGUUCUGGGUGACUGUCCCCUGCUUCAUGUCAUGGAAUAAUAGAGAGCAACAGUAUUUGAGGGGUUAUUGUCCAUCAGUGACUCAUGGCUUUCAAUGCAAGCUUAAAUCUCCCAGCCUAGCUAUCUAUAGCUGUUCUAACCUACCAAUGAAGCAUCCCACUCCUCUAAAGAACUGGGAGGAAUCCUGACUCCAAGAGUCCUCAACCCAAGUGUGAUAAUCACAGAUAAACAGAUUAGUAGCCAGACAACCUUUCCUAAGCAAACCCAUGCUAUUUCAAGCUGCGCUUAAGCACUCGAGUGAAGUUUUUUGUUUUGUUUUUUAUUUCUAAUGUUCUCUCACACAGUAGUAUGACAGGGAACAUGUCUACCUUGGCCCUCCCUCCUGCUGGGAAGUGUGCUUUUCUCCUAAUGCCCUGGAGAGAAGGCAGGAAGAAAAUCAAAUGAUGCUUAUGGGUUAAACUGUAAAAAUGACCCCCUGAAAGGGAGGCUUGUUCAGUAUUUUCAGUACUUCUGUUUAAUAAAACUCCUCCCAUUAUGACCAAAUCUCCACAUGUUGGUUUAGCUCAUCUCUAAACAUCUCCACAUGAAAACAUGGAUUAUUAUUCAGAGUGCAGACAGGCUUGCAAACAGAAAUGUAAAAAGGUUACAGUCCUAUAGUUAAGGGUCUGUUGGAGCCAUUUCUAAGUCACUAGCAAGAUGAGAGCUGGUUGUUAAAUUGUCAGUGUGAGCAAUGAAAUCAGCAAAUGCUACCAAAAAAGGACUUGAUUUAUUGUUUUGUUGAUUGUCCAGACUUCACAAAAUCAUGGAGGAAAUGUUUAAAAUACAAAUUAAAAAUAUAUCUUGAUUUGGGACAGCUGCUUGUUCAACAUUUACCAGCACAAUUCUGUCUAUUUGCAGUACAAAUUCAUGUUUGCAAAAACAGAUGUGCACAUAUAAGAACUCACACACCAGUUACUCCUAGGCCACCCCUGCUCAUGGGUGCUAUUUACAAAUGUGUGCAGACACAUGUUCACUAUCCCUCCAGACAGUUAGGAGCUGCUUAAUCCACAUGGGUUGCAUCACAUUCUAGGCCAAUAACAAAUCUAAAACCAUCUGAAUGGGUCAUCACUAUAGAUACACAUGCAGAAUCUUGGGAGUGAACUGAUAGUUGUGCACAAUUCAAAGAUACUUUCCAGGGUGGGAAGAAAGCAUCAUUUCUUCCAUUAUGGGCAUGGAAGGAAAUGUUCAUUCUCAAAACCAGUUGCCUACUUAGCUGCGGGAGUUAUGGAUGCAGCUGUUUCUCCAGGUACCUCUGACAGUAGAGAGCCUUUGGUUCCUUUGAAUAAAUUAAGUGUUGAGAGAAGAACUUGCCUCCCAUUGCCAUCCUGGGGAAUCCAGGCAGAACCUUGUCUGAAAAGACUGCAGGGUCAAGCCUAUAAGCCUAUUCAAACCAGCAUAUAUAAUCUCACUGGAGCCCUGUACCAGAAGCUGUCAUCUUUAGAGCACAUUCAGCAGUCCCCUCAAACACAUAUACCCCCUUGGUGAAAGCACUAGCUUCCCACAGUAGCACACCUGCCACCCACCCUGCAAAAAGUCCUUGGGACCACUGUCUCCCAGGGAGCACUGCAGUAAUGGGUGCUUUCCUUCCCGCUGUGCAGCCUCUGCCUUUGCUUUCUGCAGCAGGGCUGAAUACACUAGACAAACCCCAUAUUCCCCAUGCUCACUCUUGGAAUAUUUAUACAGUAGGUUUGGAUCACGUUUUUCUACUAACAAGAAAUGCUAAUGUUGAUGUGUAGAUAAUCAGUGAGGCCUUUAUAAAAGUUUACACCUUUGCAUUAUUAAAAAGAAAUAACAAUUCAUGUGAACUGCCCAGUGUGUUUUGAGUUUAUUUUGGAGCUGUGUCUUCUAGAGAGUUUCAUUAGUUCCUUGGUCUUCUUCAUGUAUAACUGGAUUCCUGGAUCGCUGGAUAAUACCAAGAUUAUUGUUUAAAUUGAACCUUAUUUAUAACCUGGGUGAAGCUCUGUCCAAAAGGACAGCCAAUAAAAAGACUAUCAUUAAUGGCUAGAUAUACCAAUGGUUUCCUGGGCCUCUUCUAGUUCCUGACGGGAAAGAAAAAUGUUGAUGCCUUUACAACACUGGGAAGUGAAAGCUUCUAGCCACCCAGAAGACCAAAUUUCAAAACUUCAUAGAUCAUUUUUCCACCGUGACAGAAGUCUAACAAAGCAAACCAACUCCUCCCCACCAUUGUUAAGGACUCCUCUGUUCCAAGCCUGCAGCCUAAUCAGUAUGAUUUUCCACCCAAAUUAGCAGAAAGAAUUUAUAAUGGAGGCAAAAUAGAAACUCUCAGGUUCCAGGCUUUGGGCUAAAGUCAUUCUGCCUGAGUGAGGAUGGGACUACGAUUCACAGCCCUAUACCUAACUACUAGCAGUUGUAUCACUUGCACUAAUGUAACAAACCUUCAACAUCCUGAGUCUAAGGAAGAAAUAAUAAGCUUGGUCAGUGCACCUUCAGGUCCUAUUGUCAUCAGCUUUGAUGACUUAGAGAAGUUAAUGAAGAUAUAUAUUCAUGAAUUAAUUUAGAGAAAUAGAAUACUCUUCUUCUAGACAACAACCCCUAACAGAUAAGAGGUCCUGGGCCAUCUAAUACUGAUACUGGAGCACAAUUCUAAACUCUUCAGUUAGUAGGGAAUUCAGAAAAGGAGGAUUCUUUAGAUUUCUCCUAACACUUAGACUUCACAAAGCUUCAUGAAGUAAAACUUGGAGGGGAGACUACAAUGAGAUGGAUCUAGUAUUUUCAUUCUUUUAUAAGAUCUUGCAUAGGACAAGCUUUCUUCUGUCUAGCAUUUGUAGAAUCUACAUUCUCCUGAGACCAUAACCAUAAAGUGUUUCAUUGGCAAGCCUGGCGUCUUCAAUACCUAGAUCUUCUCACUAUUAGAACUUCACAAGUGCUCCCUCAUUCUCCAGCUGAAAUAGUUUAGCCCCUCCUUUAAAAGACUUGCUGCACUCACAUGUUGCCACCAAAAUUCAUGUUGGACCUUAGCCUCAGGUCCAGAGAGUAGGGAAGAUCUGCAGUGUCAGAAUCUGCCUUUGGGGACUUUGAAAAUAACUGACAGAGACUUUUGAAAUUUUUGGAAUUAAUCAGAAAAUUUGGAACUUUGAGAAUUAAUCAGUAAAAAUUUUUUUAAGUAUCUGCUAUGUGCCAGCCACUGAGCUAAGCACUGCAUAUACAAAAAGCCGCAAAGACAGUCCCUACCCUCAAUGAGCUUACAAUCUGAUGGGGAGACAAUAUGGGAACAAAUACAGACAAAGCAAGGUAUAUAUAAAAUAAACAAAAUCAAGAGGGAAGGCACUAGAGUUAAAAGGGGUUGGCAUAAACUUUCUGGAGAAUGCAGGAUUUUAGGUGUGAAGUCAAUAGAAAGCAUUUCUGAUCAGUGCGAUAAUUAUGGAAAAUGCUCAAAGCAGAGAACUAGAGACCAGCAUCACUGGAUGGACGAGGAUCUACAGUCAGAAGAUUGUAAAUGUAGGAGGCGAGGUUUUAAAAGUGCUUUGAAUAGUGGACAGCAUUUUGUGAUUGAUCUUAGAGGUAAUACUGAGCCUUUGGAAUUUAUUUAGUAGGGAGGAGACAGAGGUGACAUGAUUGGACUUGUGCUUUAGGAAAAGCACUUUACUGGCCUAAUGGAGAUUGGAUUAGAGUGUGGAGAGGUAUGAAGCAGACAGACCCACCAGUAAGCUAAUUGUAAUAGAGUGUGAAUUGAUGCAGGCUUGCACUACAAGGAAUAGGGGCAAUGUCAGAGGAGAAAAGUGGGCAUAUUUGGGAGAUAUUUCAAAGGUAAAAUUUAAAGACUGGAUAAGAGGGUGGGGAAGUGAUGAGUCUAGGAUAAAUCCUAAAUUGACAACCUGAGGAAUUGGGAGAAUGGUGUUGAAGGUAGGAGUGAGGGACAAUAUAAAGGGGAAAUAUAAGUUCUGUUUUGCAUGUACUGAGUUAAAAUAUAUAUAUAUUGGACAUUGAGUUUGAGAUGUCUGAAAGGCAAGAUCAGAGGAAGGAAGGGAGAUUGGGAAAGGAAGGCUAGAUCUGGAAGUCAUUGGCAGCAUAGAAGUGGUAAUUAAAUCCAUGAGAUAAGAUCACCAAGCGAAAUAGCAUAGGAGAAGAGAAGAGGGCUUGAGACAGAAUCUUGUGAGAGACCUAUAUUUAGAGGACAUGACCUGGCUCAUAAGGAGCAGAGGAAUGGUCAGAUAGGUAGGGGGAAAACUAGGAGAUAGAAGAAAACCUGGAGAGAAGAGAAUAUCAAGGAAGAGAGAGUGAUCAACAACG